CCGAGACACCACCUCCCGCCCGCAGCGCCCCAAGGGCCAACCUCAGGAGCAGGACACGGUACUCCGGCAGGAAAGAGACUCAGGAACCGCCUUCCCCUUGGGCUCCCGGUUAAGGGCGGCACCUCCGCCAGCAGCCCUCGGCGGCGGCCGCGCUCCUGCCUGGCUUGCUUGGCGUCUCGUGUGGGCCCCGCUGGAGUCCCCGGCGCGCCCGCGAUCGCUGGGUCAUGGGCGCCGCCGGCUCUUCCGCGCUGGCCCGCCUGGGCCUCCCCGCGCCGCAGCCCCGGCCCCGCUGGCUCGGGGUCGCCGCGCUGGGACUGGCCGCGGUGGCGCUGGGGGCCGUGGCCUGGCGCCGCGCGCGGCCCAGGCGGCGCCGGCAGCUGCAGCAGGUGGGCACCGUGGCAGAGCUCUGGAUCUACCCCGUCAAGUCCUGCAAGGGGGUGUCGGUGAAGGCGGCGGAGUGCACGGCCCUGGGGCUGCGCAGCGGUCACCUGCGGGACAGGUUUUGGCUUGUAAUCAACAAGGAGGGGAAUAUGGUUACUGCUCGACAGGAACCCCGCCUGGUCCUGAUUUCCCUGACCUGUGAGGGUGACACCCUGACCCUCAGUGCAGCCUACACGAAGGACCUGCGGCUGCCCAUCAAGACACCCACCACAAAUGCAGUGCACAAGUGCAGAGUGCAGGGCCUGGAGAUCGAGGGCAGGGACUGCGGUGAGGCCGCGGCCCAUUGGAUAACAAACUUCCUGAAGACGCAGCCGUACCGCCUGGUGCACUUUGAACCUCACAUGCAACCAAGAAAUUCUCACCAGAUCGAAGACCCGUUUCGACCCACAGACCAGAUCCCGUACUCAGACGCCAGCCCCUUCCUGAUCCUUUCUGAGGCAUCGUUGGCAGACCUCAACUCCAGGCUAGAGAAGAAAGUUAAGGCAACUAACUUCCGGCCCAAUAUCAUAAUUUCAGGGUGUGGUGUCUAUGCAGAGGACUCAUGGAAUGAGCUUCGUAUUGGUGACGUGGAACUGAAAAGGGUGAUGGCUUGCUCCAGGUGCAUUUUAACCACGGUGGACCCGGACACGGGCGUCAUGAGCAGGAAGGAGCCUCUGGAGACCCUGAAGAGGACAGACGGCCAUAAAUCGGGAAGAGCAAGGCCCCGGCUGCCUGACAUAAAUCACGGAAGCGAAGCAAAGCGGUGUCGGGAGCAACCUCUCUGCUCUCCGGCUCUCCGGCAGGAUGCUGGGAGCCGCACUGCCUUCCCUCUUCCUGGGUCCCCCAUACCCAGGGCUGUGCUGCUUCGGGAAUACAGGUUCUCAGCAGGGAGACCAGUGCUGAAUAGCUAUGGGCCUCAGGCCCAGCGGGGCCUUUGUCUGGGAGAUACAGCCCGAAGCACGGUGGAGGCUGGUCUGCUGGCUUGAAAAUAUGAAGAGGGAAUUAUUCUUUUCUUUCUGAAGGGAGAGGGGCUCCCACACUGAUCCCACAGGAGUGCUGGGGGUCUAUCGCUGUUGCUUGCAGUAGAAAGAAUAAAGCUCAUGUGUUCUGUGGAUGCACUGGUUUUGUUGGCUGCAGGAACACUUGGACAGUAAGGGCGUUUGCCGCUCUCCGCUUGUGUUAGGCUGUGCUGUGUCGAGCUAAAGACAGGAGGAUUUAGUGGUAGUGAUGCCCUGGAAGGAGACGACCAGCCAGUCUGGCUCUGUCACCUCCCAGUAACUGUGUGACAUUGGCAAGUCAGCUACGCUCUUGUUGCUUCAGUUUCUUUAUUUGUAAAAGCUGGACUAAUAAUACAUCUCCUGGUUCACACUCCCCCUUGACCCGAAUAAAGCGAUAAAUACUGUUUUUCUAAUAGAUGAUAAAAUACAUAACGACCAUCUAGGCUAUGGUUAUUGAUAGUCUCAGCUUACGAACUUGACACCUUCUGAGAGAGGGAAAAUCCUGGAGACACUUCUUUCCAUUUUCUGAGGCUGCGUUAAAUGCAACGCAGCCCAACCUGCUCAGCCUUUGUCUCCUCCUCUCCGUGGCGUCUUCACGGUGCUGUUUUAUUCCUGAUCUGGCCGUGUACAUAGCAGGUUGGGAGGUCCCAGAAGUGGCCUGUGCCCCUCGGUGGGGACCCGGCGGUGAUCAGAGACCCUGCCUGCAAGUCAGGGUCUGGGCAUUGACCAGUCAAUGAGUAAACCAAGCAGCCCUCACCGGUGCACAGCACUUUAUAGGUAACAGUUUCCACUCACACGGCGCCCUUAAGGAUGGAGACCUCUGUUUAAGAUAAACAGAACGUCUUGUGUCUCCCAUUAGAGUCAGUCGUUUGCUUCAUGUUUAUUGAAAGAGAAAAAUGCACCAAGAAAGGCAUUUUUAAAUGGCUUUGUAAUUUAUUAAUCCCAUCGUCAUCAACAACAAUAUAUAUAUAUUUGGAGAAAAAAAAUCAUAGGCGAUCCGUGUAUGAUGCAAUGCCGUGUUUUCCGUCUCUUGAGCAAGGCUGGGUGUGCCCGUGAAUUCACAGACCGCUGACAAUACCGUCUCAGUCCCACAAGGGGUCGCCGUUGAUCUCGUUUGUAGAGUCUCCCCGGUAGCCCUGCAGGGACGGUGUCAGCAGGGGCGCAGGUGGAACGGAGCUGGGGCGCCUGGCAGGACAAGCCGGUCGCCUCGCCCCUGCGACUAUCACCUGCGUUUGUCCCUGACCCCCCCCCCCCCGCCCACACACACACCGAGCAGGUUAAGGUCCUGGGCUGGGAGGGGCGACGGCUUCUGUGGGUCCUCCGCUCCUAAGUUACCUGCCGGGGGAGUAAGUGUGUGCCUGCGUGGUUGAUGGGAAGGGGCAGGGGAAACCCGCGCGUGGCCGAAUGUUCGUGUAGGAGAAUAAAUAUUAACCCCCUCAGCUCUUCUCAGGCCUGCGCGUGUACUCAGGAGGUAUAAGGAGGACCAGGGAUCACAUCCCUGGUGGGAAAAGUCCUGACUCUGGAGUGAGUCAGACCUCAGUUCCGGCUCCAGCCUGACCACUUAGAUCUGUGAUCUUGGCCAAGUCCGUCACUCCUAUGCGAGACCCCUGUAAAGUGGGGACGAUACGCAUUCCCACAUAGACUUGUUGGAAGGAUUAAGGGAUAAUCUGUGUGAUGUACUUCAUAAAGUGUCAAUGUAUGAUGCCCAGAACUCCAACUCUCAGUUCCCUGAGAUAAUCAGAGCCUCAGGCUACGGAGCGUGCAACAAGGAGAAAUCCCAAGCCAUGAAAGUAGCCGAUCUGCCCGGAUCCUGAAGAAGUCACCCUCCAACGGACACAGAUCCCCAGAUGUCCUUGGUAUUGCAUGCUGACAGAGGAGAGGCAGGCUAGGAGAGGCGCCUGCUUCCCAGGGUCCAAGGUCAUGGCAGAGACCUGGCUACGGGACUGGCUGGAUCAGUGGUUCAUGGUUCCCAUCCAUUUGUUGAUGUCUCCAUUUGUUCAUCCAACCUUCUUUGGAGUGGCUACAACGUACCAGGUGCUGUACCAGGCUGUAGGCAUAUAGCAAUGAGCAAAACCAACAUGGUGCCUGCAGCUGGGGAGGAGCUGAGGGUCUGCAGAAAGAAGCUCUAGAUUUGACCCUCUCCAUUUUCUCAUUAGCCACUUCUGAGUUGAAGAACAAAAGUAAGACUGAUUUGUUGCAAUAGUUUAUUUUUUUUUCUCAAGGCACAGUAGAAUGAAACAAAAAUGCUUUCCAUCACAAUGCUUUAAAUAUAAAAGUGAUGCAAAA